AUGUGGUUAAAUUCUUCAUUCCCAGAAGAAGAUAUAGAAGAGGAGUUAUCACCAGUCAGGGGAGACACCUUGCGUAAAUCUAACGCACUGCAGAUGCAGACACCCCUGCAGAAGGGAGCGGGAGAAGAGAAGUGGGAAGCGUGGCUCGCACGGAUGGAAGAAGUGCACGCUGCUCGGAGAGCCACCGUGCGGCGAGCCUGCAAACGGCACAAUAUCAAGGGCCCUCUCCCCCCACCCCGGCGGCUGCACAAGCUGCGGUAUAACGACCCUUACAGGACAGUUUUCUGUGACGUCGCCAAGUCGGGAAGUACGACCAUGAAGAACAUCCUGGCGCAGGUCGACCCCAACUACAAAUACAUCCAGAAGUUCGGUGUCUACGACCCAAAGGCAUUCAAAGACCUCAGCAGGUUUAAGGCAGGGUCCCGGGACCUCCGGCACCGCUUGGAAAAUUACACCAAGUUCAUGAUCGUGAGAGAACCCCUGGAGAGACUCUUGUCCGCCUACCAGGACAAGUUCAGGUACGGUCGGGCAGUGGAUCUGUUUGAAGCUCUGUACGGGGAUCACUUUGUGAAGGGAAGGACAACCGGAGAGAAGAAAAGGCUUGAGACAGGAGGAAGGCUGAACGUGACCUUUCCAGAGUUCGUCCGCGGAGUUCUGACCAGGAGGCGGGAAUACAAGAACGUCCACUGGGCACCUCAGCACGGCAUCUGCCAUCCAUGCGUGAUCCACUAUGACUACAUCGGGCAUUUAGACACGAUGGGUGAUGACGUCAAGUUUAUCAUGCACAAGACCGGCAUUCUGGGCAAGGUUGCAGCACCAACACAAGCCGCUAGGCGCGCUGACGACAACAUGGCUAAAAUGUACGCCGAAAUCCCCCACGAAGACAUUAUCAAGCUCGGCGAAGUCUUCUCUUUCGACUACGAAGCGUACGGCUUCUCAUUCGACGACACUUUGAAGAAAUUAAAGACACAAUAAAAGACGAAACACAGUCGGUAUUCUUGCCUUCAGUGAAUAAAAGAAUGGUCUUACACGUAGGAAGAACUAAUAUACAUGUACAUGUAUUAUAACUAAUACAUACUACAGUAGUGUAUAAUACGAUACUAUCGCUAAUAAAGUGAUACAAAAGUGUACGCAUGAGCUGCCAAGAAUUAAAAGGAAUAAAUUUACGUUCGAACUGUAUUUCCUUAUUGUGUUUGCACUAACAAUAUUUCCCAAUUACUGCAUAAGGAUUACAUUGUUACGGGUGUCAUGUAGAAUUAAAUAGGAACUUUCUUCUUUGGGCCUAGAAAAAAAAAUUGUUUCCUGUUUCCCAAACGAUCCUAGAAAAACAUGUAGAUCCUAGCCUUAUUUUUGUGGACCCCUGCAAGGGACAUAAAUAUUUUGAGCUGAUCGACCUUUCCUAGCUCAAUGAUCUGACACCUGAGUGAAGAAUACACUGUGCUGAGUACAAUCAUUUUUCCAACAUUGACAUGACAU